UGGGUGUGUUCAACAGAUUCCUUUGGACUCCACCCUGCAGCCGUUUCUCUCUCCGCAGUUCCUGGAAAACCUCUUCUCUGCUGCUUUACAUCUGCUGCUCUGCUCCGAAACGCUAAUAACGCUUUAACAGCCUUGUCUCCGGACCGGAAGUGAGCGGCAGUUCGGGGGGAGACAUCAGAAACAGCAGUUAGGCUCCUCAUUAGCUGGCACCAUGUCCAAAUCAGACUACCCACCGGGCUAUGAGGACUCCAGCGGUCCGAUGUACGCACCCCAGGGCGGGGGCUACCCACCUCCACCCGCAUAUGGCUUCCCAUCCUAUGGUGGUCCACAACCAGGCCAGGCUUACCCUCCCUAUCCGAGCGGUCCAAACACCCCUCUCUAUCCGGGCCAGCCAGCGGCUUAUCCUUCAGCACCGUACCCAGGACAGCCUCACCCUGCAGGGCCACAAGGAGCAGGCUACCCCUCCCCACCACCCAUGCCUCCAAUCAUCCCUCCGACCAUCCCAUCAGGGGUGAUGUCUUCAGAUGAGGAGUUUGCUGCGAGCGACGGCAACUGGGACGACCUGAGUGUUCGGCACGCCUUCAUCAGAAAGGUUUAUGUGAUCCUGGCCUGCCAGCUCCUCCUCACCACAGCCAUUGUUGCCAUAUUCACCUUUGUUGACCCCGUCCGAGUCUUUGUAAGGAGAAACCCGGCUGUAUACUGGGCCUCAUAUGCUGUGUAUGUAGUCCUCCACCUGGUGCUGGUUUGCUGUAAGGGCCCACGGAGGAAGUUCCCAUGGAACAUCAUUCUGCUGCUGCUCUUUACUCUGGCUCUGUCGUACAUGACUGGAACCAUCUCAAGUUACUAUGAUACCAAAGCCGUGUUUCUGGCUCUCGGGAUCACGGCUGUUGUGUGCAUCGCCGUCACCAUCUUCUGCUUCCAGACCAAGGUUGACUUUACCAAAUGCCGAGGCCUCUUCUGUGUCCUUUCGAUCGUGAUGCUUGUAACUGGAAUCAUUACAGCCAUCGUGCUUUCCUUCAAAUACAUCUAUUGGCUUCACAUGCUGUACGCAGCUAUGGGAGCCAUAGCGUUCACCAUGUUCCUGGCAUACCACACUCAGCUCCUGAUAGGAAACAGGAAGUACUCCAUUAGUCCUGAGGAGUACGUCUUCGCCGCGCUCUCCAUUUACGUCGAUAUCGUCCAGAUCUUCCUCUUCCUGCUGCAAAUUAUUGGAGCUUCCAGCAGAUGAGGUUGCUGAAGUUCACGCCGUGUCGGACGGCUGCUGGAAAGCACCACGCCUCAAAAACUGGUUUCUGUUUGUCUUUAUUCCAACUUUUACCUUUCUUUUUUCUUUUUUGGAUUAAAGGAAAAAAAAUGAUUUGUAUUUUAAAUAUGUUAAAAAUAAUCCAGGGAAAGAGUCAAACGGCUGAAUCAGAAUUUUCUUUUUCUUUUUUUUUCUUUUUUUUUACAGUGUAGGGAUCUACAAAAACUACUUUUAUACUUGUAAUAUACAUAUUUAUACUUUAAAAUAGUCUUGAUCUGAAAGUUUAUACACCCCUGUUUAAAUACCAAGUAAAAUAUAAUUAGGUCAUUUCAAGAAUUAAUUAUACCAAAGAUGUGCUAACUAGACCUUUAAACCAAUACCCUACAUUUGUAGAAUAGUAUCUGUAAGAAUGUGGUGUGUUUACUUUUAGGAAAAAACGAAACAAAAAACAUCAGAUGCUAUAAAGGCGAUGAGGAGAAAAAAAUCUAAUAUCUCUUCAGCUGUCUAGCAGGAACCUAAUGGUUAAGGGCUAAAACCUGUUGAGUUCCACCUUAAAAACCUCAGAACAACCCCAGACCAUGAUGCUGCCACCACUGUGCCUUAUCAGAUUAUUAAACAUUCUCCAAAACAGGUUUGGGAAUCUGCAGCCAGCUUUGAAUCUUUUCAUUUGAUGAAAGGAAUGCUGUCAUACCAAAUGGAGAAAAGUGUUGAAAUGAUUAAUUCUCAUAUUUCUGGGUUAUUUAAACAGGGCUGUUUGCUUCAGAUCACUGUAGAUACCUACUAUGCUUCUUCUUUGCAAUGAUUUAAAAAA